AGAGAUGAGAGCUGUCAUCGAUCAUCUGUCACAAACUCACUCAUAAUCUGAUAAAUAUCGAUCACUUUUUCAUAUUUACCCAUCAUAACGCCAUUUAAUUCAUUCAAAAUGAGUGUAGAGAUCCCAGAAGGCCUUAAAGAGCUAUUGACAGAGUUCACAGCGGAGGUGUUGAGGAAUCAGCCGCAUGAUCUGCUGCAGUUCUCAAUGCGGUACUUCAGGUCACUCAGAUAUCUAGCACCGGCAAGCAUCGAAGAAACUCAGCUGGAGGAUGAGGAAGAGCUGGUUGCACCUGUAACCAACCGCUUUGUACGACGAGCUGCAGUGUCUGCAGAGCCUUAUAACUCUGAUGUGUUUGAUGAGGAGGACAAGGAGCCCAGGAUCACUCACCCCAAAACAAAUGAACAGAGAAAUCAUCUGCAAGAGGCUUUUAAAGACAUUUUUCUUUUCAAGAAUAUGGAGGAGGAGCAGAUGGAAGAAGUGUUGGACGCCAUGUAUGAGAAGGUUGUGAAGAAAGGCGAGCAUGUUGUCAACCAGGGUGAAGAUGGAGAUACAUUUUAUGUCAUCGAAAGGGGAUCUUUCAAUAUCCGUAUUACAAUAGAUGGAAAAGAGAUAGUGGUUGGAACCUACAAAAGCCAUGGUAGUUUUGGAGAGCUCGCCCUAAUGUACAACACACCAUGGGUAGCAACAAUCAUUGCUGCCUCAUUCGGAGCUCUGUGGUGUUUGGACAGGAUGACCUUCCAAAAGAUCGUUGUUCGGAAUAACGCCAAGAAGAGGAAGUUGUACGAAGUUCUCAUUAAGUCACAUCCAACUCUCAGCUCUCUUGAGCCUGUGGAAAAGAUGAAACUAGUAGAUGUUUUAACCUGUAAACGGUACAGAGAUGGAGAAACCAUUAUUGCUCAGGGAGAUGUUGCUUGUUGCCUCUACAUCAUUGAAUCUGGUCAAGUGAGACUAGCCCUCGACAAGGGUGGGAGCGAGGUAGAAGAAUCCACCUACUCUGAAGGACAGUAUUUUGGAGAGCUGGUCUCAGACAAACCUCAGACUGCCUCUGCUUACGCCAUGGGAAAUGUCAAAUGCUUAGUGAUGGACAUUCAGGCUUUUGAGAGGCUACUUGGUCCCGCUAUCGACAUCAUGAAGAGGAACAUGUCCUACUACGACAAGCAGAUGAUCAAACUUUUUAACAAAAACACAGGAACAGUGUGAAGAGUACAAAGUCUAUACUAUAUGAUUGGCUUUUUUCUACAUAUGCUUACAUUAUACGAUAUUACAUGGUUAUAUUUUAUUUUAAAAUUAUUCUUGCUACAUUGUUACAUGUUUUAGAAACGUUUAAACUACAUUUUGCUAGAUAUUUGCAUACUAUUGUAUAUUACAUUUUUGACUAUUUGAAAAGGGCAGUUUUGUCAAACAUUUCUGUUGAUGCCAGUAUUAGUGCACUAUCUGUGUUUUUCUGUAUGUAUUCUGUUCACUGAGGGAAAGUCAACAAAGGUAUGUCACAAUGUACUAGGUACAUCUUAUCAGUUUGAAAAUACUUUUUGGUAGUUUCACAGUUUUUGUAAUGUAAACCAAUGUUAAGACUUCUUAACAUAGUGGUAAUUUUGUGCCUGAUCGAUUUAUGAAUUCUGAACGCUUAAUACACAAAAGGACAGUACAGAACGCACAAUCAACAUGGCACAUUUUUUGUUGCAUGGUUUGUAAAUGCCCAUGUUUUAACUCCAGAUACACAUGCAAGUACUUUGGCUUGAUUAUUUAACCAACUCUUUGUUCAGAAAAGUAAGAGUUUAUAUUUGUUUGCAUUUUUAAUAGAUAUUUAUAUGUAUGUCUGUUCCAAAUUUACACUUUGUUUUAAUUUAUAACUUGUUCUUUUUUAUUAACUUGCCUAGAGCACAAAGAAACUGUAAAAGCAAUGCUGUUUUGUAUUGUUAA